AUGACUUUCGAUGAUAGUCCAUCCGUGCAUAGUGCAAUUGAUAAAUUAUCUGCUAGAAACAAACAACAUCAUUCAUGCAGCAAGGCGAUAAGUCUUAUUUUUGCUCUUGCUUCAUAUAUUCUUGCAUUAACAUGGAUAAUUGGCGAUCUUUUCUUGGACAGUCAGGUCUUCGGUCGUACACUUAAUCAUUUUCAUUCACAUAUUAUUCCAUUGAGUACACCUAAAAAAUGGAUUGCACCACUUUGGCUAACUGUCUAUGGUUUGCAAACUCCUUGGUUACUCUAUGCAAUAACAACAUUAUGUCGCCGUAAUGGUUGUAAUAGUGAUAGUGAUUAUUUAUAUAAAUAUCCACGUCCAGUAUCUCGAAUGCAAUUAUUUACAUUUAGUCUUAGUUGUUGGUCACAUUUGAUAUUUUUAUUUCUUAUUCAACAUCAAUCAAAUUUACUUGCAAUUAUUUAUUUAGUAUUAGGUACAAUGGCAUUAAUAUUUUGUCUUCUCACAUCUAUAAUACAUCUUCAUAAUUAUGAACGUGAAUUAUCUACAUCUCAUUUAUUUACUGAUAUAUGGUCAAUAAGAAUACUUGUUCAUAAUGGUCUUAGUGUGAUGUUAGCAUGGCAAAUAACAUUAGUUGCUUAUUCAUCUCUAUAUGCUUGUAAUAGAGUACUUUUGUCAUCAUCAACAGUAUCGAAUGAAAUAAAUGAAUUAACAUUGAAUCUGAUUAGUAUUUGUCUUAUUGGUUCAAUGUGCAUUAUAGCAAUAUUCUAUAUUCUAAUAAUGUCAUGUUGUUUUUCCAAUACGAUGUGCCAUGUUGUUGCUGGAUGGAUAUUUCUUGUUUUAUUGACAAUAAUUCAUUGGUACUAUCAUAACCAUCAACCCAAUUCUUUACUUCUGAAAUCAUUUUAUGUAUCGGCAGGAUUGUUUUCAUUCAUUAUAUGUUUGCAUUUUAUUUUAGCUCUGUUCCGUUACUCAGGCGUCACAUGUAGACCGUUGACCAAUUCAAAUAGACAUAAUUAUCGUCAUGGUAUACUUCAAGGAAAAGAUUGA